AUGCCCAAUGACGAGGACUCAACGCGCAAUUCGGCGCCGGACCUCAAGAUCCUGGGCGACCAGGUAACCUUCCAGCCCAGCGGUGUCGAGCCAGGCGCAGCGCAGGAUGGCGACAAGGAGGAAGCGCUUAUGAAGCAGAUGUCGCGCUUCCGCUCCGAGCCACUACAAUUCCUCCGCGAAGUAUCCCUCUACGUCUCCGGCACAGGAUGGCGCGCAUACGACAAUGUGAUCGGGCAGCCGAUCUUCUACUCCGGGUUCACAGAACACAUGACCAACAUGGUGCUCUCGGCGCCGCUGCUGCGGCAGAAGAUCUCCGAGAUGGCAGACAUGAGGCUGGCCGCCGAGGAGAAGGAAGGGUGGUUCAGGAAGGGGGACAAGGACUCCGACAUGAAGCGCCAGCAACGCCGAUCGGUGCUCGAGGCCAGUCUGUUCCAGGUCGCCGAGAAGUUCACGGACAGGAUGAUCUGCAAGUUCGAGAGCAAGACCUUCAUCCGCGGCGCGUACUACCUCUGCACGCAGCUCCUGACUAGGGCAUACCACCAAGGCAUCCACGUGUCCAGCGAGGAUGUUCUGCGCCUACGAAAGGUUGCCGAGAAGGCGGAGAAGGCGAAACAGAGCAUCGUGUUCCUGCCGUGUCAUCGAUCGCAUGUUGACUACGUCUCGCUACAACUGAUUUGCUAUCGACUCGGUAUCGCGCUCCCGGUCGUGGUCGCAGGAGACAACCUCAACUUCCCAGUCGUCGGGAGCUUCCUCCAGCAUGCGGGCGCCAUGUACAUUCGCCGCCAGUUCGGAGACGACAUGCUUUACACUACGUUAGUUCAGACAUAUAUCGACACCAUGCUUCAAGAAGGGUACAAUCUGGAGUGCUUCAUCGAGGGCGGCCGAUCAAGGACGGGCAAGCUUCUACCGCCCAAGUUCGGCAUUCUGAGUUUCAUUCUCGACAGUCUGCUGUCGGGCAGGACGAAAGACGUUGUCAUCAUUCCGGUCAGCACGCAGUACGACAAGGUCAUCGAGACGGAGGGCUACGUGAAUGAACUGCUAGGUAUACCGAAGAAGAAGGAGAAUCUGGCGGACUUCCUUACCGGUGGCACCUCGGUCCUCUCGCUCCAGCUCGGCAGGGUCGACGUGCGGUUUCACGAGGCGUGGAGCUUGCGAGGCUACAUCGACGAACAGCUCACCAAGCUCUGGAAAGGUCCUUCCACCCCUGGGGUAGACAUGAAAGAAAAGAUUGGCCCAGUUGUCCGGCAAAAGCUACUACGAACUAUGGGUUACAAAGUGCUGUCGGACAUCAACGACGUGUCAGUGGUUAUGCCCACCGCCCUGAUCGGAACUGUUCUUCUCACCCUCCGCGGCCGCGGUGUUGGUAAGACCGAACUCAUUAGGCGUGUGGAGUGGCUGACGCGCCGCGUCCGGGCCAAGGGUGGGAGGGUAGCCCAUUUCGGCGACGCCCCCAUCAGCGACAUCAUCGACCGCGGGCUGGAUGUCCUUGGCAAGGACCUCGUCGGCGUGGUGACUGGCCUCGCCGAGCCCGUCUACUACGCCGUCGACAGGUUCCAGCUUUCGUUCUACAGGAACAUGACCAUCCAUCUCUUCAUCUCGGAGGCCCUCGUCAGCGCGGCCAUGUACACGCGCAUCAAGCAGGGCGGCGGGCCCGAUGUUCAGGACAUUACGUACAGCGACCUGCACGACCAGGUCCUCUUCCUCUCGACGCUCUUCCGCGGCGAGUUCAUCUUCUCCGCUGAGGGUCUCACUAUCAGCCUCGACAAGACGCUCAAGGGUCUAGAGCAUGACGAAGUUAUCCGUCUGCAGCGCGACGAGCACGGUAACGUCACCAAGAUCGGCCUGUCGGACAAGGAGCGCAGGACGGGGCGCGAGAACUACGACUUUUACUGUUUCCUCAUCUGGCCGUUUAUCGAGGCCAGUUGGCUCGCAGCCGUGUCGCUCAUGGGGUUAGUACCGCCUCCCGGCGUCACGGACGAGAUCUGGCUCGAGGUACCCAAGACGCAGAACUUUGCACAACUACUCGGCAAAACCCUCUACCACCAAGGCGACCUCAGCUACUUCGAGGCCGUCAACAAGGAGACGCUCAAGAACUCCUACCAGCGCUUCCAGGAAGAAGGCAUCAUCCAGGUCGUCCGGUCCCGGGACGCCAAGGUGCCGGCCCGCCUGCGCCUCGCGCCCGAGUGGGCCCCCUCGCGCGACCCGGCGACGGGCGACAUCGCGGCCGCGGGCCGCCUCUGGGACUUCACGGGCAAGAUCGCGUCGAGCCGCCGCGAGGGCAAGAACAGGCGCGACGGCGCGACGGCAGCUGUACGCCGAGGCCAUGGGCGCGGCGGCGGGCAAGGGCGCGGCGGCGACGGCGACGCUGACGCCCGAGGAGGCGGCGAGCCUGAGGAAGGUGGUCGGGGAGUCGAAGAGGAGGCGCAGGUUGGAGAACAGGCCGAGGCUGUGAAGAGGUCUUUGCUUGCUAUUUCCAUUUGCACCGGUGGUGUUUGGAAACUCGGGCGCGAGCCCUGUGUGGCUGUUUGUACACUUAGCGAGUAUUGA